CUCAUACAUACUUCCUUAAUGGAUUCUUUAUCAUCAGUAAAAAUAGUCUCAAAAUGCUUCGUGAAACCCAAAACCAUACCAGAAGAAUCAAAGCAACCAUACUAUUUAUCUCCAUGGGACUACGCAAUGAUCUCUGUUCAAUAUAUACAAAAAGGUCUUCUCUUUCACAAACCACAACUUUAUUCCAUUGACACUCUUCUUGAGAAGCUGAAAGAGUCUCUUGCCGUCACGCUAGUCCAUUUCUACCCUCUUGCGGGUCGCUUCUCGUCGCUGACAACCGAAAACCCGAAAUCGUAUUCUGUCUUUGUGGAUUGUAACAAUAGCCCUGGAGCUGGCUUCAUCUACGCGACUUUGGAUUUAUGUGUAGAAGAUAUUGUGGGUGCAAAGUAUGUUCCUUUGGUUGUUCAGUCUUUCUUUGACCAUCACAAAGCUGUGAAUUAUGAUGGACACACCAUGAGCCUCUUAUCUGUCAAGGUGACAGAACUGGUAGAUGGAAUUUUCAUAGGACUGUCAAUGAACCACGCAAUGGGAGACGGCACUGCGUUCUGGAAGUUCUUUACUGCUUGGUCCGAAAUAUUCCAAGGACUAGAGAGCAACAAAGGAGAUGACUUGUAUCUUAAGAAUCCACCAUUCUUAAAACGUUACAUCCCUGAAGGAUACGGUCCACUCUUCAGCCUUCCUUAUAGCCAUCCUGAUGAAUUUAUCCGAACCUAUGAAUCUCCAGUUCUCAAAGAAAGAAUGUUCCGUUUCUCAUCAGAAACCAUAAAAUUGCUUAAAGCAAAGGUCAAUCAAAUAUGUGGAACAACCUCCAUUUCGUCUUUCCAAUCGCUAACCGCGGUUAUAUGGAGAUGCAUAACUAGGGCGCGGAGAUUACCUGUAGAUCAAGAAACUAGUUGUAGAGUAGCUGCUGACAACAGAGGAAGAAUGCAUCCACCACUUCACAAGGACUACUUUGGAAACUGCCUCGCUGCUUUGAGAACAGCUGCAAAAGCCGGUGAGCUAAUGGAGAAUGAUCUUGGAUGGGCUGCUUUGAAAAUACAUCAAGCGGUAGCUGAACAUACUAGUGAAAAAGUAUCUCAAAUGAUUGAUCAAUGGUUAAAGUCUCCUUAUCUUUACCACAUUGAUCGGCUUUUUGAACCGUUGAGCGUUAUGAUGGGAAGCUCGCCGAGGUUUAACAAGUACGGUUGCGAAUUCGGGAUGGGGAAAGGACUGACGCUUCGAAGUGGUUACGCGCAUAAGUUUGAUGGGAAGGUAUCAGCUUAUCCAGGAAGAGAAGGAGGGGGAAGUAUAGAUUUGGAAGUAUGUCUUGUCCCGGAGUUUAUGGAUGCUUUGGAAUCAGAUGAAGAGUUCAUGUCUCUUGUUUCUCUUUGAUACAUUACUAAGUUUUUUCAGCAUCUUCUGUUCGUCUAUCACUUUUUAUUUUCCUUAAUUUCAGCCUUUUUUCUUUGUUCACCAAUCAAUUAUAGAGGUUGGUAAUCAUAUUCAAGAAACC